AUGGAUCAAGAUCUGAAGACAACAGAUCGGAAUGUUACAACAAUGGAUCAGGCUCUGAGAACAAUAUAUUGGAAUGUUACAACAAUGAAUAGGAAUUAUUUGGAUGCCCUUUAUGCACUUUCUACAUUUUAUGAUUGGAUGCCAGUGGAAAACCGGAUCUAUCGGGCUCUGCAGGUGAUUCAGGCUGGUUACUAUCCCAUCCUUGCUAUUAUUGGCAUCCCUGUUAUAUCGGUGACAAUUCUGAUCAUUUCCCGGGGAAAUUGUGGUCUCUCCAAAUGUGUAACUCACUACCUGUUGGCUAUGGCAUCGGCGGAUCUAAUAGUGAUUAUACUCGACCUGGUAUUGAGGCAUAUUCCAAUUGUUCAUCAGCUUAAUUUCCUGUGGUUCCUUCGUAUCUGUAAUAUCCAUGCAGUGCUGCUAUAUGCAGCCACUGAUUGCUCAGUCUGGUUCACUGUCACAUUCACUUUUGACCGAUUUGUAGCCAUAACUUGCCGAACUCUGAAAAAUAGAUAUUGUACCGAAAAGGCAGCAGCUGUGGUUCUUGGAACAGUCUCUGUGCUGAGCUUUUUAAAGAACCUUUUCUGGUAUUUCAUGCUCACAGGAAUGUAUCAACUGGCGAACCUGCCCUGGUUUUGUUUUGUAAGGCUAGAUGUUUACUUCUCUAUGGUUUGGGGAACAAUCGAGUUUGUCCAUUAUAUUCUUAACCCCUGUGUCCCAUUUGUCAUGAUUCUGCUGCUCAAUGUUCUCACCGUCAGACACAUUUUAGUGAGCAGCAGAGCCCGCAGAAGACUCUGGGCUCAGAGCAGUGGAGAGGGGCUCAGAGAUCCGGAAAUGGAGAGUCGAAGGAAAUCCAUGAUUUUACUGUUUGCUAUCUCGGCAAAUUUCCUCCUGUUGUGGGCAACGAAUACAUUGUAUUCUGUAUUGUUCCGGAUGAAUAAUUUGGGUUAUGUUUCCACAUUACUGCAUCCUUAUGUGCAGGAACUGGGCUUCAUGUUUCAGCUCCUGAGCUGCUCCACAAAUUCUUGUAUUUAUGCCCUGACCCUGACUAAAUUCAGGGAGCAAUUGAAGGAUGUGCUGAAAUGUCCCUUUGCUCCAAUUUUGGAAUUCAUUCAAAAUGGAGAGAAUAAAUGA